CUGUAAAUCGAGAGGAGGUGACUGAUGAGAGGCCUGUGGUGGAACCAAGAUCCAGAGCACAGGGGUGUUGGAUCGCCUGCCUGCUCUGCCAGUUCUUUUUUCUUCUUCCUCUUCUUCUUCAGACGGAGUCUUGCUCUGUCAUCAGGCUGGAGUGCAGUGGCAGGAUGUUGGCUCACUGCAACCUCUGCCUCCCGGGUUCAAGUGAUUCUCCUGCCUCAGCCUCCCGAGUAGCUGGGGCUACAGGUGCAUGCCACCACGCCCUGCUAAUUUUUGUAUUUUUAGUAGAGAUGGGGUUUCACUAUGUUGGCCAGGUUGGUCUUAAUCUCUUGACCUCGUGAUUUGCCCGCCUCAGCUUCCCAAAGUGCUGGGAUUACAGGUGUCAGCCAUCGCACCCAGAGCCUGGGGCUUCUUCCACACCCUCUGCACUCUACCAGGUGCACAACCCAACCAGUUUCAUUUCUAGACUUAAAAAUGAUACAGCAAGGACUUGGAAAGGACCUCUAUGGAGGGCUCCAGAGGGAAAAGAGCUGAGUUUGUUUGUUUGUUUUUAACAUUAACUGAGUAAUAUAUGCAAAUAUCGUGCUCUUUGGUCCUGCCUCUGUGGAUCGAGAGCAAAGAACUGCCAUACCCAGAGAGACAGCCCAGAUCCAACAAGCUGCUUCUGUCCAGCCCUGCUCCUCCCCACUCAGCAAGGGCACUUGCUCUUCCCUAUUCUCACCAGAGAGGCACAAGCGCUCCGUCCCUUCCAGAGGCAGGCGGAGGGAAGAGAAAGGGUCUGUUGUUUUUCUCUCCUGUUUCUUGCUCCCUCUCUGCUGAUCACAAAGCUGCUGACCUGGUCAGAAAGCCCUGAUGGAAAUCCACCAGCGCUGGGCAGGCCCCUCCUCCUCCAGGGAGCUUGUCCUUGCCUAAUUUUUCUUCGUCCCGAUGAGAACAAAAAAGAGAGAGAGAGAAGAAAAGAAAAACCACAAACUUCCUUUGAAAACCAGCUUGUAGUCAGGGCCUGGAGCGCAUGCCCUAGACUCGGCGACUCAGGAAUCCUGAAGACUCUCUGAGUGACCUGGAGCACCUGGGCUCCGCCCCUGCCUGCCUUCACCCUCUCCAGUGCCCCCAGUACUGGGCGUGAGUCCGGAAGUGGCCACAACCAAGCCUGUACUGUCGCUCGCAAAGCUGUGUAAACCUGUAUAAGCUCAGGCGUUGACAGCUGGAAGGCAGCUGGCACUGGCAGACCCCCUCAUUGCACCUAUCUUCCCCAUCGCAUUGCCACAGCUGAACCCUCCUUCUCAAUCUUGGAACAGCACCCACUUCUUUAAGGGAAGCUGACUCCACCCAUGUCUUCAAUCCCACCAGUCUUCCCUCCGCCCCGUGCCCUCUUGGUCUCAUCUGGUCACAGCAAGUUAGAGGUGGAAAGAGCUUAGCACAGGACCCUUCUGUUUACACAUAUACUGCCCCUAGCCAGGAGUGACUGCACAAACACUAACCAGCCUUCUACACUACAUUCCUUUUCCAAGACUUAUCUGGGUUAGUUUGCUUUCCAGCCCACUGAUUUUCUUCUUAUUGAACAGGUCCCUCUUUUGCAUCCCAAGCCUGGCUUAGGCAAGUCCCUGAGGUCAGUAAACACCUUCAGUGCCCCUCAGCUGAGUCCCUUUUGACUAUGGAACACCAUCAGCCUGAGGAUCCGACCCCUGGUAAGGCCGGGACUGCAGAAGCAGUCAUCCCUGAAAACCAUGAGCUUCUGGCAGGCCCACAUGAGCACCCUCAGAACGCAGAUGCAAGAGAUGCUGAUGGGGAGGCUGGAAAACGGGGCCAAGCUUUGCUGCGUGGCCAGUGUGGGGACAACCUUGAGUCCCCUCUGCCUGAAGCUAGCUCAGCUCCACUGGGGCCAACCCUUGGGACACUGCCUGAAGUAGAGACAAUGAGGGCAUGCUCCAUGCCCCAGGAGCUUCCUCAGUCCCCCAGGACCCGACAGCCUGAGCCAGAUUUCUACUGUGUCAAGUGGAUCCCUUGGAAAGGAGAACGGACACCUAUCAUCACCCAGAGCAGUAAUGGCCCUUGCCCUCUCCUUGCCAUCAUGAAUAUCCUCUUUCUUCAGUGGAAGGUGAAGCUCCCCCUGCAGAAGGAAGUGAUCACAUCGGAUGAGCUCAUGGCCCAUCUUGGAAACUGCCUCCUGUCCAUCAAGCCCCAGGAGAAGUCAGAGGGACUUCGGCUUAAUUUCCAGCAGAAUGUGGAUGAUGCAAUAACAGUGCUGCCUAAACUGGCCACAGGUCUGGAUGUCAAUGUGCGAUUCACAGGCGUCUCUGAUUUUGAGUAUACACCUGAAUGCAGUGUCUUUGACCUACUAGGCAUACCUCUGUACCAUGGCUGGCUUGUUGAUCCACAGAGUCCUGAGGCUGUGCGUGCAGUUGGGAAACUGAGUUACAACCAGCUGGUGGAGAAGAUCAUCACCUGCAAACACUCCAGUGACACCAACCUCGUGACGGAAGGCCUGAUUGCAGAGCAGUUCCUGGAGACCACCGCGGCCCAGCUGACCUACCACGGACUGUGUGAGCUGACAGCAGCUGCUAAGGAGGAUGAACUUAGCGUCUUUUUCCGAAACAACCACUUUAGCACCAUGACUAAGCAUAAGAGUCACUUAUACCUACUGGUCACUGACCAGGGCUUUCUACACGAGGAGCAAGUCGUAUGGGAGAGCCUGCACAAUGUGGAUGGAGACAGCUGCUUUUGUGACUCCGACUUUCACCUGAGUCAUUCCCUGGGCAAGGGGCCUGGAGCAGAAGGUGGGAGUGGCUCCCCAGAAAAGCAGCUGCAGGUAGACCAGGACUACCUGGUUGCUCUGUCCCUGCAGCAGCAGCAGCCACAAGGCGCGCUGGGGCUCACCGACUUGGAGCUGGCCCAGCAGCUUCAGCAAGAGGAGUAUCAACAGCAGCAGGCAGUGCAGCCAGUGUGGACGCGGACACGGGCCCUGUCACCGCAGGGGAGAGGAGCCACAUCUGGACGCCCAGCUGGGGAGCGUCGGCAGAGGCCGAAGCACGAGUCAGACUGCAUUCUGCUGUAGCUCUGCCCCAGUGCCAGGCUGGCCUGCCCCUUCCAGAGGCUAUGGCUAGUUGGCUUGCUCCCCCGCCUCCAUCCCUGAGAUGCGCUGGAUAACUUAUUUAUGGACUGUUGGGGAUCAGAGCAGGUGACAAAUGCCAGGGUCAGACUUGGUAAUGUCCUUGACCUCACGUGCUGCUGCCUUCUCUGCCUCCCACCCAGGUGGGUUUCUGGUUCUCAACUUCCAGCCCCUGAAUAGUCACACGUAUAUACAGACUAAGGCUCUGGGGUGAGGUCCUUAUCUGGAAUGCAUCUCUCCUGCUUCCCAUCCCUGCUGCCUGGAUGCUCCUGAUCACCUAGGCAGGCCUGUCUCCAGUUGUUUCAGAGCUUAAUUUGGGUUUCUAUCUCUGUUAUUUGUAAUGCCUUCGUGGGGUUUGGAAAUAAAACUUCUGGCCUGGCACGGUGGCUCA